AUGGGUUUUACACCUGAGACACUUCCGGAUCUAGGAGGCAGGGUAUACUUGGUUACCGGGGGAAACACAGGAAUCGGGUUCCAUACCGUCCUACAGCUGGCGGCUCAUCAUGCAAAAGUGUAUUUGUGUUCUAGAUCCGAAGAGAAGGGUAGAGCAGCAAUGAAGGAGAUCGAGGCCCUUUUGCCAGAUGCCGAAUUACAUCUUCUGAAGAUGGACAUGACGAACCUUCAGAGUGUUGUUUCUGCGGCAAACGAAUUCUGCAGACGAGAGAAAUAUCUCCAUGGUCUUGUGAACAAUGCAGGGAUAAUGGCAACUCCGUUCACAAAGACAGUGGAUGGAUAUGAGUCACAAUUUCAAACCAACUACCUUUCACAUUGGCUCUUGACUUAUUAUCUACUGCCGACUAUGGUCGAAACCGCCAACAAUUCCGUCCGGGGCAUCGUUCGAAUUGUUAAUGUUUCAUCUAAUGCGCAUGAAAAUGUGCCUCAGUUUGGUAUUGAUUUACAGGACGUUGACCAAGUCAAUGGCGGUCCUAUCUCUCGAUAUGGUUCUUCUAAGCUGGCUAGUAUACUUCAUACCAAGGAACUAGCCAGAAGAUUCAGUAUGCCUGAGGCUCGAGCAGCCUACUCGGGAUUUCGUUCUGAGGGUAACACGGGUGGUGAGAUUUGGGUGUCAAGUGUGCACCCCGGAAUGGUGAAGACAAAUCUUCUUUCUCAAGCCAAUGGCUCAAUGGCUGUGAUAAUCAUGGGCAAAAUUCUUUCUGGCAUCUCCAAGACCGGCCUCGUAGGCCUUACCCCAGAAGAUGGGGCGCUUACACAAUUAUUUGCUGUGGCAAGCGAGGGCUUCACUCGCGAGAUGAACGGCGCAUAUCUAAUCCCGAUCGCGAAAGUGGGAAAACCGAGCAAGAAGGCAGAAGACAAGCAGAAGGCUACGGAUUUAUGGGACUGGACAGAGAAGGAGAUGAAAGCCAAAGAGUUAAUCUAA